AUGAGCGAGAGGAGAAGAUCGGCGGUGGCCCUCAGCUCCCGAGCCCACGCUUUCUCGGUGGAAGCCUUGAUCGGGACAAAUAAAAAGAGGAAACUGCGAGACUGGGAGGACAAGGGGCUGGAUUUGUCCAUGGAAAGCCUCAGCCCCAAUGGCCAGCUAGGGGACAAUGAAGACCCGACUCAAUCAGGCAUACAGCCACACCCAGACUCAGAGCAGAGCACUGGAUCAGACACAGAAGUGCUGGCAGAGAGGACGUCCUGCUCAUUUGGCUCCCAUUCUGACCUUACAUCUGGUGGCUCAGGCCCUCAGGCUCCUCCAGCCUCAUCCAUGGAAGAGAUCCAGGUAGAGCUGCAGUGUGCCGACCUCUGGAAACGCUUCCAUGACAUUGGGACAGAGAUGAUCAUCACAAAAGCAGGCAGGAGAAUGUUUCCAGCCAUGAGAGUGAAAAUCACAGGCUUGGAUCCCCACCAGCAGUAUUAUAUUGCCAUGGACAUUGUGCCUGUAGAUAACAAGAGAUACAGGUAUGUGUACCACAGCUCCAAGUGGAUGGUGGCUGGCAAUGCCGACUCCCCAGUGCCCCCAAGGGUUUACAUCCACCCUGACUCGCUGGCUUCUGGAGACACCUGGAUGAGGCAGGUGGUCAGCUUUGACAAACUCAAGCUGACCAACAAUGAGCUUGAUGAUCAAGGCCACAUAAUCCUGCACUCCAUGCACAAGUACCAGCCCCGUGUUCACGUCAUCCGCAAGGACUUCAGCAGCGACCUGUCUCCUACAAAGCCAGUUCCUUCAGGAGAUGGGGUGAAAACCUUCAACUUCCCUGAGACUGUCUUCACCACAGUGACAGCCUACCAAAACCAACAGAUCACCAGAUUAAAAAUUGACAGAAAUCCAUUUGCUAAAGGGUUCAGAGACUCUGGGAGAAACAGGACAGGGCUGGAGGCCAUUAUGGAGACCUAUGCGUUCUGGAGGCCCCCCGUGCGCACUCUCACCUUCGAGGACUUCACCACCAUGCAGAAGCAGCAAGGAGGCAGCACAGGCACCUCCCCAACCACCUCCAGCACAGGGACUCCAUCACCCUCUGCUUCCUCUCACCUCCUCUCUCCAUCCUGCUCCCCUCCAGCCUUCCAUCUGGCCCCCAACACUUUCAACGUUGGCUGCCGGGAGAGUCAGCUGUGCAAUCUCAACCUGUCUGAUUAUCCUCCAUGUGCCAGAAGCAACAUGGCUGCCUUGCAGAGCUACCCAGGGCUGAGUGAUGGUGCCUACAACCGGCUGCAGAGCGGCACUGCGUCGGCCUCGCAGUCCUCCGAAACCUUCAUGCCCCAGAGGACUCCAUCCCUGAUCUCAGGAAUGCCAACUGCUUCCUCCCUGCCCAGCAACAGCAAGAUGGAGGCAUACAGUGGCCAGCUGGGGUCCUUCCCCAGCUCCCAGUUUCAGUAUGUCAUGCAAGCUGGCAACCCUGCCUCCACGUCCUCCUCUCCACACAUGUUUGGCAGCGGGCACAUGCAGCAGAGCUCCUACAAUGCCUUCUCCCUGCACAACCCCUACAACCUCUAUGGAUACAAUUUCCCUGCUUCCCCCAGGCUGGCAGCGAGCCCGGAGAAACUCACCACCUCCCAAAGCACUUUACUCUGCUCUUCCCCUUCCAGCGGGGCCUUUGGAGAGAGGCAGUACCUUUCCACAGGGAUGGAUCACGGGAUGCACAUGAUCAGCCCUCCCUCCAGCAACCAGCAGACAGCCAAUGCCUGCGACAACAGACAGUACGGGGGCGUUCAGGGCUCCUCCUCACAGAUGUCUGUGCACAUGGUCUAACAAGCCAAGCUCUCCUUGGACAUCGAAGGUCGCAGGGCCUUCAUCAUUUCCAGGGGGAAACUCAUCCCAGUACCUUUUUGCCUUCAACCUUAUAGUGGAACUAGUAUUGUAAUGAUCAGUAAGAACACAAGCCAGCUCGGUGUGCACAGCAGAACCUUGUGGAAAGCCUCGACUGACUGCCGCUGCAGCUUGUCGUAGCCCAGGGCCUCUGGACCCAGCACAGAGGGUCUGCUUGUUCUGGACAUUGCAGAGAGAAGGGCGUGACUUCAGUGAGAAGCUGGACAUGAGCAGCUGAAUGUUGGGAGGAAGUUCUUCAC